AUGUCGACGCGGACCAUCGAAGCGCACAAGUACCUCAAGAAGUCGCCGUCACAGGGCCUUCAGGAGCUCGAGGCCGGCGCCACUCGGCCCACGUCCGCCAAGUCGGCCAAGGACCUCGGGCCCGACGUGGUCCCGGCGACGUCCAAGCCCCGACCCAACCAAUGCCGCGUCAUCAUGGGUAUGAUCACGGGCAGCUACAUCAACAUCUUGCUCCUCGUCAUGCCCUUUGCCGUCUACUCGUACUACGACAACUGGGGCGACAUUCCAGUCUUCGUGCUCAACUUCCUCGCCAUGAUGCCACUGGCCAACCUCUUGGGCGAGGCGACCGAGACGCUCGCCGAGCACUGCGGCGACAUGAUUGGCGGCCUCGUUAACGCGACCUUUGGCAACGCUGUCGAAGUCAUCAUUGCCAUCUUUGCGCUGCGUGAAGGCGAAAUCGGGCUCGUGCAGUCGUCGCUCAUUGGCUCGAUGCUCUCCAACCUGCUUCUCGUGCUCGGCUGCUGCUUCAUUGCGGGCCAUCUUGGCGGCGCCAAAGAGUCCAUGUACUGCGGGUCGUCGGCGUCGACCAACAUGUCUCUUCUCUUCGUCACGAGCUUUGCCAUGCUUGUCCCGUCGUACUACCAGCACAGCCAUGCGGGUGAGAUUGCCAAGAACGGGACGUUGACCGCGGCCGAAAAGGUCAAGCAAAUCGAGGAGCGCGACAAGGCAGUUCUCAGCCUCUCGCACAUCUCGGCGAUCUUCCUCAUCGCCAUGUACAUCCAGCUCAUGAUCUUCCAGCUCUACACGCACCGCCCGUCGAACGAGAAGAAGAAGAACGACGACGACAACGGCGAGAAUGGCGAACGCACCGAAGACGAGGACGAGAACGAGCCCGAGCUCUCGGUGUGGGGCAGCGUGCUGCUGCUUGGCGUCUCGACGGCGCUUGUGGCCGUGCUCUCGGAGUUUCUCGUCUCGUCCGUCGACGGCUUUACGGAAAAGGCCGACAUCCCCAAGUCCUUUGUGGGCAUCAUCCUGCUGCCGAUCGUCGGCAACGCCGUCGAGCACCUCACGGCCGUCAAGGUUGCGCUCAAGAACAACAUGGAGCUCGCCAUGGGUGUCGCCGUCGGAUCGGCCACUCAGAUCUCGCUCUUCGUCGUGCCCGUCUGCGUCGUUGCGGGCUGGAUCAUGGGCCAGCCCAUGACGCUCGCCUUCCCGACCUUCGAAGCGCUCUCGUACAUCAUCUCGGUCGUCGUGGUGUACGCCAUCGUCGUCGACGGCAAGUCCAACUGGCUCGAGGGCUCGAUGCUCCUCACGCUCUACUUUCUCAUCGGUGUUGCCUUGCUUGAAAUCCAAAUCUAA